ACGAGAAGUUUCAGUAGCCUUCGAUCGCGCUCCGUUUUACGCGGUGACUGUUCUUACGUCAGAGGUUGGACUCUACUGUACUCGGAGUGGCUGAGUCCGUAAGUCUUCACACACAAGUGAAAGCCGCCUCGUGUCCGCUCUUUGCCCUCAUCAGUAAGACAAAACUUGGACGAGUGCUCCGCGACAAAUACAAGACCAUGUCCCCAGCGCCGGCCACCCGUGAGCAGGACUUGAAACCGCCAGACGGCGGCUGGGGUUGGAUGGUGGUGAUGGGGGCGCACAUCUCCAUCGGCUUUUCCUACGCGACGCCCAAAGCCUUGUCCAUUUUCUUCAAGGAUAUCCAGUUGGACUUGCAAGCCGGCUACAGUGAGAUCGCGUGGAUCUCUUCCAUCAUGUUAGCGGCCAUGUAUGCCGGAGGACCAGUGAGCAGCGCGUUGGUCGAUCGCUAUGGCAGCCGACCGAUCGUCAUCCUGGGGGGCCUGAUGUGCGGGGGCUCCAUGGUCGUCGCUUCCUUCGGGAACUCCAUCGUUUACCUUUACUUGUGCAUCGGCGUCACUGCAGGCUGCGGACUGGCCUUAAACCUGAACGCAUCUCUCACCAUCAUCAGCAAGUAUUUUCUGGCGAGGCGCCCGUUGGCCAACGGUCUGGCCAUGGCGGGGAGUCCCGUUUUUUUGUGCUUCUUGGCCCCUUUCAAUCAAUAUCUCCUGGACAAGUUUGGCUGGAGAGGAAGUUUUCUCAUCCUGGGCGCGGUCAUGCUGCACUGUUGCGUCGCCGGGGCCUUGAUGAGACCCGUCGGGUCCCGCAAUUCGCCGCCGACCAAAGCGGAGGAGCGACCCGACAGAGGCGGCGGCGGCUGCGUGGGCCGCGCCAAGAAGAUCGUGGAUUGGUCCUUCUUCAAAGAUCGAGCGUUUGUGAUUUACCUGGUCGGGAACAUCCUGUUCAUUUUCGGCGCCUACGCGCCCAUCGUGUUCCUGUCGGCCUACGCCGUCAGUCGCGGCGUCGACCAGUACUCGGCGGCGUAUCUGCUCUCCAUCAUGGGCUUUGUGGACAUGUUUGUUCGCCCCGGCACCGGCCUGAUCGCCAACAGCAAGUGGGUGCGCCCCCGAGUGCAGUACUUGUUCAGCUUGGCCGUGGUCUUCAACGGCGCCUGCCAUUUACUCUGCCCGCUCAUCGAGACCUACGCCUUCUUGGUGGUCUACGCCGUCUUUUUCGGCGUGGCUUUCGGCAUGGUUUUCGCGCUCAUCUUUGAGUGCCUGAUGGAUCUGAUGGGACCUCGACGCUUCCCUCGCGCCGUCGGACUGGUCACCAUCAUCGAGUGCGUCCCCAUGCUGCUGGGACCGCCCACCGCAGGGUUGCUGGUGGAUCUCUUCGAUGACUACCAGUACCUCUUCUUGUUGUGCGGCGCCGUGAUCGCCAGCGGCGGGAUCUUCCUUUUCGUCAUGAACCUCUACAACUAUCGCAGGCCGCAAAACGAGAGGGCCGGGCAGCCCCAGCCCAACGACCCAGCCCGGAUCCAAAACGCCCUCCAUCUUGACUUUUGCGCAAAGGAGUCCGCCGUGCCCGAGAGCGCGGAUGGCGCCGAGCCCGCCGCGGGCGGGAAGAUGCCAUCCAUGUCCAAUCUGCAUCUCCCCGUUGCAGCGGAGGAAAACGGGGGGCGCUCGCCUCCUCCCAACCGUUUUGCCCUUUAGUCGAAGGAGUCGCAAUGCGGUUCGUCUUGUGGACGAUUUUCAUGAGCCGCAAGUCGCGGGCCAGCCUCGCCUUUCUGUCAAGUUGAAGGUUUACAUUUGAAACGCGAGAAGAUGAUGUUUACAUUUUUCAGGAGCGCUUUCCCCAGACCAAAGCGCUGCUGAGCUUGAAUAAUCCAAUCAGAUACUACGGAGCCCCAGACGUGACCUUUGCGUGACCUUUGGAAAAGGCCAAACAAGACCGCUUUGGACUACGACGGACGCACCGGGAACUACUUUGUGGGUGCCAACUACUACCUCCUGCGCAUGGACUAGCACGUCGCGUGCGCAAGCUACGUACGCA